AUGACAGCACGGCCGCCUCCCCUUAGUAAUACGACGUAUGCGAUCAAGUAUGACCCCCCGGAGAGUGCAAAGCGUUUGCUAGCAGAAGGUUCCCGCUGGAAAGGGACAUCGGGACAAGGUAAAAGAGGCCCGCCGCAGCCCGGGAAUCGCUAUAAUCUGCUUUUGUACCUUAAGGGCAUAAGUGAAGACCAGGAUGCUAUGCCUCUUCUUAAAAAUGCAUAUACAAGCAGGAAAAACCUGGGGAGAGAUUACAUAAUAGCAAAUGGUGGGCUAUCAGAAACCAGAUUACAAGGCAAUGACCACGCGGCAGCCCUUAUAGGCGAAUGGGAUGCCCUGAUUGAGUUGGCGAGAGGGAUCUGGGAUGAUCCCAAUGUUCUCGAAGAUUGGAUAACGCAUAUGUUCUACGACCGCUUCCGAGGGAGGAUUCUCAGGGACGAUGCGAAUAAAGUGCAGACCAUGGAACGUAUCUUAACGUGGUCUGAUAGGUGGGCUGAAGUUCGUUACCGGUACCUAAAUCACUACCUCCGUGAUGAUCCGGAUAACUGGGAGAGAUUGGAGGGGGAGCAGUUGAGAGAAGCCGGGGACCAUGCCAACGAGAUAGUUCACACUGCCGCGUUGCAGGACGACUGUCAACUGGCCGAAUCACACUGGUUCGUACCUGAACACAGAUCAUUGUUUUUUGAUGUUUAUCGCCUAGGUGUUAGGGAGGCUCGACGGUUAGUUAAUCUUUCAAACUGGGGCCACCUCUCGGGGAUUGUUAAAGGGGUAUUCACAUGGACGAUCGACUUUAUCAAUCGGUACAUCAAGUGGCGAGAAGGGAUAAUGCGGACGGCGACGCGGGCUCACUUGAACGAAGCACGUAGAAAUCGUAACGCGCAAUCGAACCAAGCAAAGAAGACGCAGAGAACACAGAUGGCAACCUCGCUGAAGGCGAGUAUGAGGGGUACCGACGAUUCGUAUCGCAAGUUUCUAGACGUGUUACGCGUCUUGAUGCAAGAGGGAAAAGACCAUAUGAAAUUCAGACGCGAAACAUGGGAAAACUUUGUACAAGAGAUUGAUACGGUUACGCACCAACUUCGCGCCUGUCCUCUGAAUCGACAAAACCCUAACCGGAACUGGGAUCGCGCCCAUCCCGACGGAAAAGUGGCUGCGCUCACUCUCCUUAGCCAGACCGACACCGAAUUAUCCCUUCAACAGCAUUUAGAUCUCGCUCCAGAUCUUCUACAGUAUAAUCGUCUGGCUGUAGACGCCGAAUCAGAAAUACCGUUGACGAUGGCGGCACAGCCCGUGCCUCAUCCGUCGACGGAUAAGAAACGUGUCAAAGUGUACGAGCUGCGCAACAACGACUGGUUUGAUCGCGGUACAGGUUUUUGCACAGCUGCUCUUAGUAUUUCGGAAGAUGGCCACCAAAGAGAUCCACGAGUAAUUGUCGAGUCCGAAGACCAGCCGGAUCGCGUAUUGCUCGAGACGAGAAUUUGCAAGGAAGAUGGCUUCCAUAAGCAGCAGGAAACCUUGAUUGUCUGGACUGAACCUACCAAUGGCGUUGAUAUGGCUCUUAGCUUCCAGGAAGCUGAGGAUGAUAGUCUAUCCGAUGACCUGGCCAUGGAAGGCAUUAAUCCGAUUUCUCUCCCGCCGGCUUCGAUGGCAAACCUUGCCGAAAUAGAAUCGCAAAUGCGUGGACUUAGUACAACAGUUAACGGACGCGAUGCCCUUACCAAGUAUGUUCUGGCGGAAGAUUACAUCGGCAAGCUAAUCCCCCUUGUUUCUGUUGCGGAGGACCUCGAAAGUCUCAACGAUUUACAUCGACUUUGCAACAUCAUGAAAAUUAUCAUUCUUCUCAACGACACAAGCAUCAUCGAGCACGCCGUAUCGGACGAGAGCGUAAUCGGUGUUGUUGGUGCGUUGGAAUAUGACCCGGAUUUUCCGAGCCAUAAGGCCAACCAUCGUCAAUGGUUGGAAGGAGAAGGCCGCUUUAAGGAGGUCGUGCGAAUUGAGGAUACCCAAAUACUCAAGAAAAUACACCAAACCUAUCGGCUUCAAUAUUUAAAGGACGUAGUCCUGGCGCGCAUUCUGGAUGACAACACAUUCUCGGUCUUGAACUCGCUCAUUUUCUUCAAUCAGGUCGAUAUCGUCCAACAUCUUCAGUCAAAUUCGGCUUUCCUCGCUGAGCUAUUUCACAUAUUCAAAUCCGCCCAAGCCGAGCCUAGGCGUAAGAAAGAAGCAGUGCUAUUCAUACAACAAUGUUGCGCCAUCGCGAAAAACUUGCAGCCGCCAGCCCGCCAGGCUCUUUAUAACAACUUUCUCGCUAAUGGUCUUCUUCAAGUUAUUAAUUUCGGCUUGCGACAUGGUGAUGUAGCUGUGCGAGUCGGCGCUACUGACAUCCUCGUUUCUAUGAUCGACCACGACCCGCAGAUGAUAAGAUCUAUGAUCUAUCGACAACUUCAGGAAAAACAGCUACCCUUGACCGACUCGCUUAUUGACUUGCUCUUGGUCGAAGUUGAUUUGGGUGUUCAGUCGCAGAUAUCCGAUGCUCUAAAGGUGCUCCUUGACCAGGGUCCGCCGGUACAGCAGGAGACGUUUACGAAAGCCAACGGCGAGUACGGAGUUCGACCUGCGUCUAGGAUACCGCCCAACGCGGACCCGCAGCAGGAUAACUUCCUAAACACCUUCUAUGAGAAAUCGGCUUCAAGACUGUUUCAACCCUUAAUAAACUUGGAGGGUCGGACAAAGAUGGAAUUUUCUGUCCAGCAGGGUUCCAUCUUCACCUACCUGAUCGAAAUACUCUGCUUUUUUAUCCGUCAGCAUCAACAUCGCAGCAAAUUCUUCGUCUUGAAUAACGAUAUCGUUUCCCGCAUCAGUCAACUCCUUAGCUGCCCGGAGAAGUUCUUAAAACUGAUUGCUAUCCGAUUCCUACGACAGCUUAUUGGCUUACAAGACGAAUUCUACGUUAAGCAUGUCUCGGAGAAGAAGGUUAUUGGUCCGGUUCUCGACGUUCUCAUCGAAACGAUGCCAAGGGAUAACCUGCUUAGCUCCGCAUGCUUGGAAUUCUUCGAAUUUAUUCGAAAAGAAAACAUCAAGGAUUUGGUCAAGCAUAUCGUUGAGAACUACCGAGAUAAAGUUCAAAAGCUCGCCUACUUGGAUCUCUUUAGGACAUUAAUCGUGCGGUAUGACCAAACAGGGGGGUUCAGCGCCAAUAUGGACUACUACAUAGAAGUGGAUGAUGAGCCAAGAAGACGGCCAAAUAUAAUCAACCCUAAGACCGGGGCACUAAUGGAACACAUCGCCAUAGACCAGGCUGAGGAAGAGUAUUGGAACACUUCUGAUGACGAAGAGGACAUGCAAGCGAAGCCGGGAAAUCGGCCAUCAUCCGCAAAUGGAGAUUCUAAUGCAAAACCCUUGGUCGACUAUGCUUCCGAUGAGGAAGGCGAUGAGAACAUGGAUGCUGGGGCGCUAUCCACCGACGAAGAGAGAGAAGAUGAUGGUGCUAAGAGAACAGAUGAGAAUCCUGGAGAUGUUGCACCUCCGCCCGAACGCUUGUCCGAGAAACGCCGACGUGAGGAAGACGAGGAAGACGACCUGAGUAAGAUGGUCCAACACAAACGACGCAAUAGCUCUACGGCGAGCUCCAACACGUCAGGUGUAUCAGGAGUUCUCCGCAAGAAGAAGAGUAUCCCUGGUGCUAGGGAUGCGGGUGGUGGAUCGAAGAAGAAGAUCGCUAUCAGUCUCUCUCCGAACCUAAAAGGCAAUACCGGACAAGACGAAGGUCGGACGGACGAUGAGAUAUAAUAAGGUCAAUCAAUAAUCUACUAUUUUCUUCUCUGGACCUCAUUUCUACCUAGCAUGAUUUGGUUUCGGUACAUCAGUGAUGACAAGGAAAGGCGGCCGGCGUUUGGCGAGAGGGAUCUUUUCGACCCUGUGUCUAAUAGGAAAUAGAGCCUAGAUGCUAGGACAAAGGGGGAAUUUAGGGUCUGUUCGAACAUAAGGACAGAACUUCGUAGCAUGCGGUCCCAUAGAAGUUGGGGUCGGCUCUGUUCCGAAGGUUCUGCGACGGAAAGUGUAUAUUGUAGUCUCCGAUAACUACAGGCCUGGAGAAUGUCAUGUCACUGUAUUACUAUUAUGAGUUUACCCUGGCGAAAUCAACUCUAGCGUCUAUUGGUACGCGGGCGGAAAAUUGAAAUCA